CCUUCAUCAGAUCAGGAACCGGGGGACCGAUCUCGAUUUGCCUUAACCAUCCAUAAUGCAAGCUUCUCUUACCCUGGAUCAUCUUCUGCCGUGCUUCAAAACAUUACGGUCAACAUUCCACGGUCGCAGCUCACACAAAUCUCAGGACCUGUCGGCAGUGGAAAGUCUGCACUGCUCCGGGCUAUGCUGGGAGAAAUGGAUCUACUCAGAGGCAGCGUGGAAAAGAAUGUCCGAAAUCCUGCGUAUUGCCACCAAUCACCUUGGCUUCUGAACAGUUCUAUCCGAGAAAACAUCGUUGGGCCCGAUCAAGACCUUGACAUUGAGCUCUACAGGAAAGCACUGUGGGCUUGCGAGUUGGAUCACGAUCUUCGCGAGAUCAUUGAAGGGGAUCACACCAAGGUCGGAAGUAGCGGCGUCACGCUGAGUGGGGGACAGAAACAACGCAUUGCGAUGGCCAGAGCGGUAUAUGCGCGAAAAGAGCUUUUUCUUCUCGACUAUAGUUUCAGUGCGCUUGAUCCCCGCACGGAGGGGAAGGUUGCGCGGCGCCUUCUCGGACCCAAAGGCAUGAUGCGAGAGAACGGACAGACUGUGGUUGCUGCUUCCAACGGAGAAUGGUUGUUACCGUACGCCGAUCGGAUUAUUCUUCUUGACACGAAUGGCAGAAUCCGGGCCCAGGGCUCGCCGGAAGAACUGGCAUCACACUUCACCAUUCCAUCCAAGGGCAACAACAAGAAAGACGACGAUGUCUACAUCUCACACCAAGAAGCUUUGUCAGUCUCGAAUACAUCUUCCGAUAGGAAAGUCCAACAGACCGAACUAGGGGAGCAUAGUUCUGAACAUCGCAAUGUUCCAGUUUAUCGUUCCUAUUUCCGCUCCAUGGGUUUCUGGCGAGGCAUGGUAUUAUGUGCUCUUCUGAUUCUCCAGACGUUUUUUUCCAAGUUUCCCACUGUCUGGCUUCAGUGGUGGUUGGAUAAAGACCCUUCGAGCAUGGGGUCUUCAUACGCGAAGUACAUCGGAGUCUACAGUCUCUUUCAUGCUACAUCCAUGAUAUUCACCCUUCUUGCCGCCUUCCAGCAACUGCGCAUUGUCAUGCCACAAACCAGCCGCUAUUUCCACAGUCGUCUCUUGACAGCUGCUAUGGGAAUGCCAAUGCCGGCUUUCAGCAAGAUUGACACAGGGUCAAUCAUCAACAACAGAUUCAGCCAAGACUUGCAAUUAAUCGACUGGAACCUACCAGUCACGUUUCUGAAUGCCUCGGAAGGUGCUCUCGCGACAUUGGCACAGGUCAUUAUCAUCGCAAGCUCCUUUCCCUACAUCUUCAUCGCAUUCCCAGUUCUCUUCGCCGUUGUGCUCGCCAUUCAGAGGUUUUACCUGCACACAUCGAAGCAAGUACGCGCGAUGGACAUUGAGGCGAAAAGCCCGCUGCUCGAUCACUUUCUCGAGACCAUAAAUGGCCUCCAUACAGUUCGUGCAUUUGGCUGGCAGCACCACAUCCGCAAAAGGCACGACGCGCUUCUUAACGCAUCACAAAGACCCUACUACCAGCGUUUCAUGGUCCAAAGAUGGCUUAACCUCGUGCUCGACAUGGUAGCUGCGGGAGUCGCGAUUCUUGUGGUCGGACUGUCCAUCAGACUGCAAACUCGGUCGACGCUGGUCGGACUCGCACUGGUCAAUGUCAUCUCCCUGAAUGAGACCCUGCAACUGCUGAUCCUUCAAUGGGCGGUGAUGGAGAUUUCACUCGGAUCCAUCACACGUUUGGAAGAAUUCACGGUCCAAGCCAGAACCGAUCGUCUCCUUGAGCAGCAAAGCAACUUUUCUGUCCAGGCGAUUGGAGGUCUGUGGCCCCCGCAUGGCUCAAUUGAAUACAAAAAUGUGACUGCUCGAUACCAAGAUGGUGGUCCCGACGUGCUCAAGAACAUUUGUUUGUCCAUCCCCGCCGGCUCUAAAGUAGGGGUCUGCGGUCGAACGGGCAGCGGAAAGAGCACUCUGAUCUCUGCACUGUUUCAGAUGAUCGACCUCACCUCUGGGUGUAUCGUCAUCGACGGUGUUGACAUCGCAGAGCUCGAUCCCGAAUCGGUCCGCUCGCAUCUGAUUGGUAUAUCCCAGCACAGUUACAUUAUGCCGGGAAUUUCCGUUCGGGAUAAUCUGCAGCUGGGGUGUGUCAACCCAUCGGAGGAUUCUCAACUCAUCGCAGCCCUGCAGAAAGUCAAUCUUUGGGGUUUGGUCUCGGAACGAGGAGGUCUCUCGGCUAUCCUGGACAAUGAGACAAUGUCUGCCGGACAGAGUCAGCUUUUUACUUGUGCGCGAGCCCUCCUGCGGUCUGGAUCGGUAGUGGUGUUGGACGAGCCGGCCAGCAGCCUCACAGCUGAGACGGCGGAUUUGAUCCAACGAGUCAUUUUGGAGGAGUUCAAGGAGCGGACGGUAAUUGCCGUUAUGCACCAGAUUGAAAGGUUACUGGAUUUCGAUACGGUGGUGGUGAUGGGGGAUGGUCGAGUGUUGGAGAUGGGCCAGCCUCGGGAGCUGCAGGAGGGGAAUGGUCUCUUUCGAGGUCUGCUCGACGCAAGUCAAUCAAGUCGAUGA